CAUCCAUCGGACAACGUGAGUCCGGACAAAGCUGGAUUCAAGGCAGAAUUGGAAAGAGAAGGUGAAGACAAGGUGAAGACACACUCCUUUGUGACGAUCAUGUGAACAACUCAGUCCUAAGGACAAUUCCUGUCGCUUCAGCAAAAGCCAACGACUUGUUGGAAUCGACACUGUUGAAGCUUAAUGACAACAUGUUGUCAGUAUCUCAGUCUAUGAGCUUGAUACAAGAAACCCUUGCUCGAUUUGCCGAUGGCCAAGAGUUGAGGAAUUGUCUGACUCAGACACCAACUCGAAUAAUGACGCUUCUGAAUGAGACAGCGACACGCUGCUUAAAAAAAGGAGAGAAGAGUAACCCGACACGGGAGUUGAAAGAUGAUUUGCUCGACACGAUCGCCAUCGAUCUGAGCGCUGACGAGUAA